UUUUAUUUUCAAAUUUUCACAUAAGGGUUCGAACGAAAUUUAAUAUUAAAAUCAAUUAUGAUUCAUUAAAUUAAUAAUCAAUUAUUAAACAACUACGGUACAUAUCUUCUUUAUUACUUUUUUAAUGAUACGAAAUUCAAUUAAUUGAUACUAAUAAAUAAAAAAUCGCGUGACCUUGACAAGUCCGUUCUAAAGCACAACCUCUCUGUUUCGCGUUCGAGGCGUGCAAAAUAAAAUUUUAUUAUUACUAUUUCUGAAAGAAAUGAAUUUUUAAAAAAUUUAAUUUUUCCCGCUACUAUAUUUGAGCGCCUUGCACGCGCCCACAAAAUGGUACAGACCUGAUGUUUACAUCUGUCAAAAUAAAAAGUUACUAAAUGGCAAAUAUAAUGUUGAAUUUUAUUAAAGAAACUACGCUCAAAUGCGUAUUUAUAAUUACUUGUUUUAUCUGAGAAAAGAUACAGCCAAGAUGGUUGUCAAUUAUAACUCGAAAAAAUAUUGAAUCCCAACAUUUAAAAUUCUGUUUAUCAUUCAGUCAAGACUCGAUUCCUAAAAAUAAAAUUAAAAACUCGAGUAAAAUAAUAAAAAUAACGUAAAUAAAGUCUAAAUAUAAACACUAGUGCAAAGAAAAUAAGUUUGUGAAUAAUUGAGUUUACAAUAAUAAUAAUUUUUUAAAUAUUCAAACUCAUCUUAAUCAAUGUCUGCCGAUAAUUAGUAAUUAAUAAUAAGUAUUAAAUAAAAUGUACGACUUCGAAUUAGUGUGUCAAGGAUUUUAAUUUAAAUAAUGACUGUGUAAUAAGUAAAAAAAAAAAAUAAAUAAAUAAAUUAAGUCACAAUGACUUCAGACAGAAAAAGAAGUUCAUCAGUUAGUUUCACACCUGGACGUGAUGAUAACGAUAAGGAUGAAAUCCAGAUAUCAUUGGCGCCGUACAUACAAAAUUAUUUAGCACACAGUAGACAAGCUGCAGGAUGUUGUGGUAUAGGUCUUCCGAUACCCUUUGAAAGAGCAGCAAGGCAAUCAUGGUGGAAUCCAAAAUUUGAUUCCGAAAUCCUUGAGGACCAAUACAGGAGAAGCGCUUUUCCACAACUACGUUUACGUUUCAGAUACGCAUUGCUCUAUAUCCUUUUGAUAUCCCUGUCCUGGCUGACCUACUUCACGGUAACGGGACUGGAAAAUAAUAAUCCGUCAACAUGGCCGACGUCUUUGAUAAUAUUUACAACAAUGAUGAUAACAAUGUUAUCAGCACUGUACCUGACAUACACGAAAUACUACCGGUCGAAUAUGAUGGCAACAUCACUGGUAGUAUCCAGUUUGCUCUGUGUCCUGUCAUUGACAUUCCUGGUCCUGGUACCUCCAGCAAGUGGACUCACUCUUGUCGGACACUUUGCGCUGUGCGGAGAAAUAUUGUUACUUAUUUACACAGUGAUACCGCUGCCAUUGUACGCAAGUAUUGGUCUCUGUACCUUGUAUUCGAUUUUAUUUGAAGUACUGACGGCUAAUUUGUAUUACAAGACUACAUACUCGAGUACAGAAAGAAACGGGAGAACUUGGACGAUUGAUUUCAACACGACGUUGAUUAUAAGAAUACUGAUGCAGAUAUCAAUUCAUAUUAUUGGUGUUCAUAUUUUGAUAAUGACGUUCGUGAGAAUGAGAGGGACUUUUAUGAAGGUGGGACAGUCAUUGCUGGUGAGAAAGCAGUUGGAGAUGGAGAAACAGUUGAAAGAAAAAAUGAUUCACUCGGUGAUGCCGCCGAAAGUCGCUGACUGGUUGAUGGAAGAGAGCGAGCGUGAAAGAGAGCGAGAGGACUCGCUGAAAAAGGGUUCGAUUCCUUCGAAUAAUACUGCAGACAUCAGGUCGCUCUUCCGUCCAUUUAACAUGCACUCGAUGGAAGACGUUAGUAUUUUGUUCGCCGAUAUAGUCGGGUUUACGAGAAUGAGUUCGAACAAAACGGCAGAGGAACUCGUUGACAUUUUGAAUGAUUUGUUCGAGAGAUUUGACGACCUCUGUGUCCAGCAUGGCUGCGAAAAAAUAUCUACGCUCGGUGAUUGUUAUUAUUGCGUCAGCGGGUGUCCGGAGCCGAGGUCAGACCACGCGAGAUGCUGCGUAGAAAUGGGACUAGCGAUGAUCGAAGCCAUUAAUCAGUUCGAUGUCGAGAGGAGAGAAGGUGUCAACAUGAGAGUUGGUGUCCACACUGGGACUGUGCUCUGUGGGAUCGUCGGGACUAAGAGAUUUAAAUUUGACGUCUGGUCUAAUGACGUUACUUUGGCUAAUAAAUUAGAGAGUACGGGGAAGCCUGGAAGGGUUCAUAUUAGCGAGAAGACUUUGAGUUUCUUGGGUAAUGAAUAUCUGACCGAAGAAGGUGAUAACGUCAAGGGAAUUAAGACCUACUUCAUAAAGGCACGAAAAGUUGAUUUUCUCAAUGAAUUUAUAACGAAUGUAACGUCACCUGCAAGUAUAUCGCCGCUGAUAAACGCUCGGCAUCGACUAGCUUCCUACAAUCAAUCAAAAUCAAAACAUUAUCUCCACAUGGUGACAAAUCCGAAUAAUUAUAAAAUAAAAGCAAAUUCCUUGCCAAGUAUUCUCGACUCCGAGAACGAUUAUGAUGAACAAGUCAAUGACAAUGAUAAUGAUAAUGAUAAAAAGGAGGAUGUCAACAAGAGUCCGCUGUCGACAGCCAGUUACGGUAAGAAAAAGGCCCGUAGACCCUGGAGAUAUUUGCACAGGCAACGGACUACUGGUGACAUGGACACUAGACCUGUGGAAGCUAAACCGGAGCCCGAAGCUGAACACAAUGGACUUAAUGGAGUUGUUGUUGACGGCAUAGAAAUGGAUCCAAAUCCAGCGCCAGCCAGUCCCCUGUUACCUCGCGAUGAUGUUAUGAGCCACACGUCGUCUAUUUGCAGCAGAAAGGACUCGGGGAUACGAAGUAAUAGUCGCAGAAGUAGUAUACAGCAGCAGCUGUUUCUCAUGAAUGGAAUAGCACAGGGAGAUUUACUAGGUCAUCGGGUCAGCGGUUACUACACAUCAAGUUCAACAUUAAAUUCACUUCAAGAUCCUCCAUCAUCAGCACCUAAUUUUCCAUUUCCUCCAAUUCUUACUGACACAUUCGGCGUCUGCUUUCAUAAACUACGCAAACAGUCUGAUCUCCAACUGAUAAGAUGCGUGCAGGACAACGUAAGCUCCCAGAGUUCGUAUUUCGUGACUCCGCCUCUGUCAACAGUGACCCUCUUCUUCAAAAACAAAGAAAUGGAAAAAGAGUACCGAGAGAACGCGCACAAGGCAUCUGAAGCCCUGGGAGAUAGUCCGCCGACCCUAGCAACCGCGAGGUUCAACACCUACUUCGACAUCCUGAUAUCCGCACUAGUCUACACAGCGAUCACCGCCUCGUUGUUUCUCCUCUGCAAGCCAACGAACUACUUCAUAGUCUUCAGCGUGAUCGCAACUCUGAUGCAAAUCCUCGUGGUCGUGCUCUGCAUCCGGCAACUAGUAGAUCCCAACUCAAUUUACGCAACUUACACCCAAAUGAUAUUCAAAUUCUUUACGAGAUGGUACCCCUGGCAUGGCUGCGGUGCGCUACUAGUCGGCUUGCCGAUAAUAUCGAUCCUACUCAACUUAACUUGCAACAACAGCUACCGCGCGACGCUAAUUGAUUUUGAAUAUUACUACAGCUACCUCAUGUUCGUCGGGUUGAUACAUUUUUGUAACUUUACCCAGUUAAAUUGCUGGAUGAAAAAUUUUCUCGUAACUCUAUCAGCAGUACUAUUUAUUACGCUUGUUAUCAGUAAUAUUAGUGUCAGUACAUAUCUCAUUAAAAAUGAUAUUUAUUUACACAAUAAAUCAAUCAAUGGAUUUUAUAACUCAAAAAUGAAUCUCAGUAUAAAUGAAAUAAAAAGAUUACCGCGUAAUAUUAUAUCUGACAAUCCAGUACCAAUAGUGCCUGUACCAAAUGAUAUUGAUCAAUUUACUGAUAAAAUAUUACUGACAACAACAACUCAAAGUAUAUUAAUUGUCGAUGAGUCGACAACAGUACCAACGACAACUGUAAAGUCACCUGAAAAAAUAAUAAUAUCAUAUAGAUCUGAUUCAUACAAUGAACGUUUGUACAAACAAGAAAUAUUUCUUGAUAUUAUAUUGCUAUUAUUUUUGGUCUGGUUCUUGAACCGCGAGUUCGAAAUAAGCUACCGGUUGAGUUUUCACGGUAAUGCAGUUGCUGCGGGUGACAAAACGCGAGUCCAGGCUAUGAAAAAUCAGGCCGACUGGUUACUGCAUAACAUAAUACCGAAAUAUGUCGCCGAUCAAUUGAAAACGACUGCCAAGUACUCGCAGAAUCACAAAGCCGUGGGUAUUAUAUUUGCGAGUAUUGUUAAUUUCAAUGAAUUGUAUGACGAAUCUUAUUUGGGGGGCAAAGAGUACCUGAGAGUACUCAACGAACUGAUCGGGGACUUUGAUGAGUUGCUUGAGAAACCCGAGUUCAGUAACGUUGAAAAAAUCAAGACUAUUGGUAGCACUUUUAUGGCAGCGAGUGGACUAAAUCCCCAGGUUAGGCAGCAAAAUGACCAUGAGAAUUGUCACUUGUUUCAGCUCAUUGACUUUGCGGUGGCGAUGCAAAAGGUUAUUUAUGAUUUUAACAGAGAUCUGUUGGGUUUCAAAUUGAUAUUAAGGGUGGGUUUUAACUACGGAGACGUUACUGCUGGGGUAAUUGGUGCUACCAAACUCUAUUAUGACAUUUGGGGCGACGCGGUUAAUAUCGCGUCCAGAAUGGACUCUACCGGAGUCCCGGGAAGGAUUCAGUUCGCGAGCAACUGCGUGGAUGUUCUGGGUGAGAAGUACAAAUUUGAACCCCGCGGGCAGGUUUAUGUUAAAGGGAAAGAUAAUAUGGACGUUUUCCUGCUGAUUGGAAAAAAAGAAGAUAUUAAUGGGACUGGGGUUAUUUGAGGUUCGGAAAGACCUUCGGAUUACCGGAGGAACUCAGUUUUCAAGUACGUCAAGGUUAAACUUGAUCAAGCUGGGAUACUUAUGUAUUUAUGUGUAGGUAGCAGACAUUUUGUUAAAGAAGAAUUUGUUUAAUAUUUUAUGAGCAGUUUUCCUGCAACGGGUGUCGUUUAGUUUUUCUUUAUUAAUUAUUUUUUAUUCUAUUGGGAAUCAAAGGUUGUGAAUAAGUCUUGUAAUUUUAAAUCAAGUUUAAAUUUUAUAACUGACGAAAUAUUAACAAGAUUGAAAUUCAAGAUGAUGGUACCAUCGAUAAAGAUUAUUUAUAAAAUCAUACUUUAAAACACUUGAAGUAGAUCUGUACGUUGUUGUAAAAAAUAUUUGGAAGAUGAUGUAAAAUAUGCCUGCAGACAUUCGCAUGUAAAAUCAUUUUUUCGGUACCAUCUGGAGGCAUAUUAUGAAAUAUUUUUUGCGCAUAAGUUACGAAUAAUAAUUUUUACUGCUCAAGACUUUAAAUAAAUUAGGGACUAUCUUUAAAGUGGAAAACUUGGUUUUGUAUUAAAAAAUUAUAUUAAAUUUUUCCUGGAGAGAAAAUGAACUUCGGAAGUCUCCCACUACCGAACAUUUCUAAACUACGCAUGGAUAAAAAAGGUGGAGGUAAAAAUUGAAAAAUUUCGAGGUGCAUUUUCUUGCUGGGAUAAUUUUGAACCUCGCAGAUUUAAAAAAUGAUAGUCUAUGACUGCUAAAUAAACGAUAAAUACAAUAUAGAGUAAUUAUAUUAAUUAAAUGAUAUUUAUUUUGAGAUAUUAUAUUUUUGAAGGAAAAAAUUUAUUUUUAAGUGGAUAAAUUUUUAUUAUUUUAUAAAAAUUUAAUCCGCUUAUUUCAAGUACAAAAUACGAGAGAGUUAUUAAUAUUUAUAGUUAUAGUUAUAUAUUUUUUUUUUGUUUUAUUUAUUUUAUCAAUUAGUACAUGUAUGUUAAUUUAAAAUCUCUCGUAUCGCAACGUGCACAAGAUUACGAAACAAAAUAAAAAAAAUAUUCAUCGAAGUACAGAAAAAAAGUUAAUUUUCCUAUGAAAUUAUUGCCGUAUUUUAUUAUGAGUCUUAUAUAUAUCAUUAUGUACACUUAUAUAAUACAAUACUUUUGAAAUAUAUAUGUAAUAAAUUUCGCUGUACAGCGAAGCAUUCCAGCAAAGUCGUGACCACUAAAAAAAUAAUUAAAAAAAAUGUCUAAAAAUAAAUUCGUGCCAUAAAUAAAUUUUUUUAGGUAAAAAAAAUUGUAUACGUGUUCAUAUCACAAUCAAUAAAUAAUAAGUAUGUUAAUAAAUAAGUGCCUGUGUUGCCGAAAAAUAUGAAUAUUAUAAUAUUUCUAUCAACACUCCAAAGAAAUAAUAAUAAUUAUAAUACAUUAUUAUUAUAUUGCAUUUUUUUACAUGCCAGUUGAACAAUUAUUGCCUUAUAUUUUAUAAAAAUCAUUCAUCUACGGUAAAUCUUUAUAUUUUUAUUGAUAUUAAUUAAUACUAUUAUUUAAUUGUACUUUCCUAUUUAACUCAGGGGUGAUAUGCCCAUAUCUCAAAUAAAGUUUUAAUAAAUAUAUAUAUAGAUAUAUAUUAUUGUAUGUUGUAUGUAAUUAUUGUUGUGUAUUAAUUAAGUCGGAUUUCUGGGGCAACAAUCAGCUAUUACAGCCAUCACGCUAUAUUCCAUUCUCUUUAUGAAAUAUAAUAAUCGAAAUGUAUGAUACAAGCUUUAAUACUAAAAUUCAGAAGAUGUAUGACAUUUAAAAUUAUGAAAUGUAAUGAACCGAUAUUAUUGUUACUCAUAUUUUGUAAACUUGAAAUAGAUUAUUUUGAAUUUUAUUGUUGGUGUGUAAAACUCUAUUGGAAUUGUUAUAAUUAUAAAAAUGUGUUUUAUUUGUAAUUAAUUAUUGUCACUCUAAGGCUUGUAUAUUAAUCUUUAUAAUAAAAAAAGGCAAAUUAUAAAACUUA